AGCAUCAGAUGGAUAUCUGUGAACAGCCUCAUCUUUGUCCUUAGCCGGUUUCUGAGAGAGGAAAAAUUAAAAAAUCAAAAUAUCCUUUGUCAUUGUGUCAAAAAUCUGUCAUUUUACCGGACGUAAACAUAACCUCUAAUCAAUUUAACAAAAAAUUUUUUCAGUUAUUCUGGUUUAUUCUAGACAAAAUUAAUAUUAAAAAUGAGUGAAACAAAUAUUUGGAAGUUCAUAGAAGAUGGUGAUUUGUCAGGAUACACUUUUAUUGUUACAAGUGUUGCAGUGGGAAAUGUUGGACAACUAGCUUGUGACUUGCUGAUUUCAUCCUUGGAUAUGGUGAAAAUAGCUUCUGUAUACAGCCCCGCUCUUAUUCCAGUAGUAGGAUAUGAUCCUUAUGACCUUAAGUCUUCUAAGUUGUCCACUUGUUGCGAGAUCUACAAAUGCGCCUCUAAAAAUCUAGUUGUUUUACAAUUAAGAGCGCCUAUUGUUUAUAAAUAUGCAAGAGAAUUUUUAGAAGAAGUUGUGAAAAAAUUUACGGAGCGAAAUAUUAAGGAUAUAAUUAUAUUGAGUAGCAGUUUUGCUCAUGAAAACAGACACAUCUCUACUUCACCAUUUAGAUUUGUUGCGAGCAACUCAUUCUCAUUGUUGUCCAAAGUGAAGUCUCUGGAUUGGAUGGAACAUGAAAAACGUGAUAAGGAACUUAAAAUAUAUGGUGGUGGAUUUGCAACAUUAUUGUAUGAAAUUUGUGAAGAAAAUUCACUGCCUUGUCUAAUUUUAUUCAAAUACUGUUCUGAGGGAAAUAAUAUACCAGAUGCAUAUGAGAUGGUUAGCCAUUUAGCAAGUUUACUGCCACUAUUUCCUGAAUCAUCUGAUCUCACGGCACAACUAAUUGAACCUGUAUCAUGGAAGUUUCUAUUUGGAAGUCCUCCACCACAAGAUAUUUAUUGACAAAAUAUUUAAUUUUAUUUCAAUAAAAUUUGAAACUA